GACCUGCGCUUUCCCCAGUUCACACACUGCCUGUAGGAUCCAGAGACCCGUGGCUUCUGCUUUCAUUCCCCCGCAGUUUUCGCUGGAGUCGCAUUCUGUUUCGGAUCGAGGAAACAUGCUGUUCUGGCACUCUCAGCCCGAGCCUUACCACCAGCACUCCUCAUCGACAACGAGCUUUCUGCGUGAUGUUCUGGCUCUUCCAAUUUUCAAGCAAGAGGAGCCUCAGCCAUCUCCAGAGAGUGAUUCGAAAGUGCCCCCGUUUCAAUACGUUCUGUGUGCAGCCACCUCCCCUGCUGUGAAACUGCAUGAGGAGACGCUGACUUACCUGAACCAAGGUCAAUCCUAUGAAAUCCGCAUGCUUAACAACAGAAAACAAGCGUGUUGUACAGAUUUAAGCAGCAAGUAUGUUAAGAGCAUCCUUCGCGUGGUGUUUCAUGACAGACGGUUGCAGUACACGGAACACCAGCAGCUGGAGGGGUGGAAGUGGAACAGACCAGGAGACAGGAUCCUUGACAUCGAUAUCCCAUUGUCAGUUGGGAUCAUUGAGCCCAGAGCCAACCCAACCCAGCUGAACACUAUCGAGUUUCUGUGGGACCCGGCCAAGAGAGCCUCCGCAUUUAUCCAGGUUCAUUGCAUCAGUACAGAGUUUACUCCCAGGAAGCACGGAGGAGAGAAGGGCGUCCCGUUCCGGAUCCAGAUCGACUCGUUCAAACAGGACGCGAGAGGCGAGUACACGGAGCACGUGAACUCAGCCAGCACUCAGGUUAAAGUCUUCAAGCCCAAAGGAGCCGACAGAAAACAAAAGACAGACCGAGAGAAGAUGGAGAAAAGAAGCCCUCAUGAAAGGGAGAAAUAUCAGCAGUCAUACGAAACCACUUUCCUUACAGAGUGUUCUCCUUGGCCUGAUCUGCCCUGUGUGAUGAACACCCCUUCCCCUGGUUACAGCAGCUCUCCAACGAGCUUCAGCAUUGGAGAUGGUAGAAACGUCUCUCCAAGUCAAGAGGGGGACCUGCUCCUUCCCAGCCUCUCCGAUCCCCUCCUGCCCAACGCUUCGAUCCAAGAUGCCCAGCAGUGGCUGCACCGACAUCGCUUCACUCCCUACUCUCGGCUGUUUUCUAAUUUCUCAGGUGCUGAUUUAUUAAAGAUGUCCAAAGAAGACUUGGUCCAGAUCUGCGGUCCUGCCGAUGGAAUCCGGCUUUACAAUAUAAUCAAGAGAAGGAACGUCCGCCCACGCCUCACAGUCUAUGUGUGUCAAGAAGCAGAACACACCGGGGCUGUGCAGCCACAGAAACAGGGCCAGAGCGCCGGCUCACUGUGCGUAUACCAUGCUAUCUAUUUGGAAGAAUUGACAGCACUAGAAUUGACAGAGAAGAUAGCUAACUUAUACAGCAUUGCACCCUGCCAAAUCCACCAGAUCUACAGACAAGGACCCACAGGGGUCCAUAUCUUAGUGUCUGAUGAGAUGGUGCAUUACCUCAUCGACGAGUCGUGUUUUGUAAUCAACACACUAAAAGCUGAAAGCAGCGAGGGCUACCAUAUUGUUUUGAAGUGACUUGGCUGCAGAGUACUUCUAUUGAAUGAGCAAGAAUAUUCGGACUGAAAGACUUGAAAAAAAAUGACCAUAAAGGUGUGGGGGAGGGGGCACUUUCCCAAGCAGAUGUGCAGGAUCAACAUGCUUGGAAUCACAGAGGAGAAGACAAACAGGAAAUAGUGAAGUCGAGGAUGGUGUGUUUUUUUUUUUUUUUUUUUAAUUGUUGAUUUAUUUGCAAGGUGUCACUGCGUGCCUUUGUCCCAUUCCUACGAGGAACAGCACAGUGAUUGAUGUCAUUUUCAGAGUAUAAUGUGCACCCUUUUAAACAUUUUGCUAGCAUAUUAUACAAGGGGUGCGUGUUGUACAAUAUAUACUGGGUUUUACAAGGUAGCAGUUACAUGCAUUACAUAGAUGUGCGAGUUAUAUUCCAAAAAUGAAGGGUAAUUUUGUUUGAUCAAAAAAAAUGAAGAAAAGGGAAAUGUUUUUGUAUCUUUUUAUAUUGUUAUAAGUUGAUAUUUGGGAAUUAUAUAUGUUAUCAUAUCAUAGUGCUGGAGAUAUGCUGUCGACUAAGUAAAGGAAAAAUGGAUAGGGUUAAACAGUCUAUCAAAGGUGGGACUGCACUAGUGGUUUUUAGUGAAAGUGCAGCUUUAAAAUGCAACGUUGGAUUCCACUGCCAUGUGUGCUUGCUGGCGAGUACAGUGCUGUCCUGCAUUGAAGAGAUGUGAAGGGUUAUAUACAUUCAGCUCUGCACUACAAAUAGGAUUUAUACCUUCAUUUUUUUCUUGCAGCAGUGAAGGUAUUGUGUGUGUGUGUAAUUAUUUUUUUGUGUAUAUUGCCUUUUAGCACAAUAUAAAUAAUAAAGGACGGUCGAUCUUAUCAAUUGCUUAUAAACAAUAAAUCUCAAUCUUUA